UUAUUAUCAACCUCUGAAUAACGAAUUUAUCAACAUGUCAAUAAUUCCGAUUUCAACUUAAUUCACAGCUUAAAUUUGUUAAUUUUGUAUUUAAAUUAGAUAGUGAAUCUCAGACAUACUUAUCAAUUAAUAAUUGGUCGCAAGUUAAUACUUAAAAUUUGUUAUUUGCUGCUUCGCGAUAUGUUGAAAAGAGGUUUUAAGAUCGCUCUGAUACAGAUGUCAGUUGUUGGUGACAAAACAAAAAAUAUAGCUAAAGCAGUAACUGAGAUACAUAAGGCGAAAGAGUGUGGCGCACACAUAGUUGCUUUACCAGAAUGUUUCAAUUCACCAUAUGGAACCAAAUACUUCGAUGAGUACGCCGAAGAAGUGCCAUCUGGUGAGACGUGCCGCGCGUUAUCUCGCGCCGCGGCGGAGGCCGGCGUGUGCGUGGUCGGGGGGACGGUCCCCGAGCGGUGUGGGGACAAACUGUACAACACUUGCACUGUGUGGGAUGGAUCUGGGAAACUGCUGGCCCAGCAUAGGAAGUUGCAUUUAUUCGACAUAGAUAUACCGAACAAGAUAACAUUUAAAGAAUCGGAUGUCCUCAGCCCCGGGAGUCAGUUGACGACCUUCGAGUAUAACGGAGUGAAGAUAGGGAUCGGUAUCUGCUAUGAUCUCAGGUUCCCAGAGAUGGCUCAUCUUAUGGCUAAACAGGGCUGUUCGUUGUUAAUAUACCCGGGCGCGUUCAACAUGACAACGGGCCCGAAGCACUGGGAGCUGCUGGGGCGGGCUCGGGCCACGGACCAGCAGCUGUGGGUCGCGCUCGUGAGCCCCGCGCGGGACACGGGCGCGGGGUACGUGGCGUGGGGGCACUCGCUGCUCGUGGACCCGUGGGGCACGGUGCGUGGGGCACUAGACGAGGCAGAGGGCACUCUGAUGCGCGACAUCGAUUUGGCUGUAGUAGAAGAGGUCAGGAGCCAAAUCCCGAUCAGAGUGCAACGUAGAACAGAUCUCUAUGACACUAUACAAAAGUGCUAGAACCAAAGCCUUUAAACUUUAAAAGUAUAGAAUCAAGUUGCGAGCGAGAGAGCAAGUCUUUAAUAAGCAAUGUGAGAAAGAGAUGACUGCACUUAUUAAUUACUUUUUUAGUGGCAUAGAUUAUACCAGAGUUAUAUUUUGUUAUUCUUUACUCAUAUUUUUAGGGCACGGGAUACUUAUAUAUAAGGAGCCCAUUAUGAAUAUACAAUAAAGCAAUAAUUAUUAAUGUUUUUUGUAAAAUGUUUUUAUAAAUAAAAAAAUCAUGUUUUUUUU